AUGGAGUCUCGCGCGGCCGCCCCGCGUGCGCCGCCACCGCCGCCAUGGAGUCUCGCGCGGCCAUCGACGUGCCCGCUCAGUGGCGCGGCGGCCAUCGUCGUCAUCAUCUGGGAGGUGUGCGCCUUCGCUGCUUUGGCCACGGUGCUCGUCGCCGGUGUCACCUGGUGCCUGAGCAUCGCGGCCGCGGGUCGUGCUGCCGGCAGCAUGGCGUUUCCCACCGCCGCGCCAGCAGGCAGAGCCAGCGGAGUGUGCGGUCUUGCCGAAAUAGACAUCAGCCCGCUGCCCAAGUCCCCGUACCAGCACCGCCUCGGCCAUCGACGUGCGCCCCGCGUGCGCGGCCAGCCGGCCACGCCUCAUCGAGGAGUUCACGUCGUCGAGGAGCUCGCGCCUUGGGUGGCCUUCCCCUGCUACUACGAAGAGUUCACGUCGUCGAGUAUGCGGCGGGGUCGCUGA